GAAGGAAGAGGGUGGAGCCAGGGUGGGCCCUAGAGCUAAAGGUCCAGCCCUGCCCAAGCCGGGUGCCUGAGGCACCAUGGAGACUGUCAGAUACAGCCAGUGGGACAGCAGCCCCGAGGAAGUACCCGGAGGGCACUGGGGGCGCUGGGAACACCUCAGGCGAUGGGUUUUCUCCCUGGCCCUGGCCAUCCUAGCAGUCACCGUGCUGUGGGCUCUCAUUCUAAGCGUCAUCUCAUCCAAGGCCUCCACGGAGCGCGGGGCACUGCUUGCUCACCAGGACCUGCUGAGAACAAACGCUUCCAAGCAGACGGCGGCGCUGGGCGCCUUGAAGGGUGAGGUCGGAGCCUGCCAGAGCUGCUGCAACGCGACGCAGAGAGAGGUGCGGGCGGCUCUGGCGGAGAUGCGGGAGGCGCAGGUGAAACUAAUGCAGCAGAAAAGCGCCCUGGAAGAACUGAGCCUGCGCGUGACCCAAGACUUGGCUACAGCGGGCAGGGACCGCGAGAACAUUCGCAACGAGCUGUUCCGGGCGCUGGAGGCCGCCAAGCUUCAGAACGGUUCCUGCGGGCAGUGUCCCACAUCGUGGCUGCCCUUCCGGGGCUCCUGCUAUUACUUCUCGGAGCCCCGAACCACUUGGCAAGAGGCGGAGCGCAACUGCGUGGGCAACGCCGCGCACCUGGUGAUCAUCGGUGACCUGGAUGAGCAGGGCUUCCUGACUCGACACACGCGUGGCCGUGGAUACUGGCUGGGAUUGAGGGCUGUGCGCAGCGGAGGCCGGGUCCAAGGCUACCAGUGGGUGGACGGAGUUUCCAUCAGCUUCAGGUGAAGAAAGAGCUCCUGCCACUGGAACGUGGGGGAGCCCAAUGACUCUCAGAGCAAGGAGGACUGCGUCAUGAUGCUUCACUCAGGGCUGUGGAACGACGCGCCUUGUAGCAGCGAACGAGAUGGCUGGAUCUGUGAGAAGAGGAGCAGCUGCUAGGCCGGCCACGCCCACCUCCGUGCCACGCCCACUUCCAGGCCACACCCACCACCGGUGGAGUCCUAGAAUCUGCGCAUGCUCCAAGAAUGCUCGCCAAGACUUCCAUCCACUGCUACUGAGAACCCCUCAGUGCAACCCAGCCCUGCCUAGUGCCUGCCCCCCAGACCCCUGCUCCAGCCUCACCCAUACCCCCUACAUUCCAUCUUAACCUAACUUUCACAAGUUCCAAAAUGCCUGCUCCUACACCUGAGUCGUCCGACCUCACCUCUCUUCCUAGACACAGCCAGGAAACUGAGGGAUGGGCUGUUUGAUUCCUGUAUUUCUGAACCAUUAAUAAACGUUUGAGAAAUUAA